AUGGCCAACAGAAUCAUUGAAUACCAGAAAUUAUUCCAAAACUCAUCCAAACCUUUGUGGAUGAGACAUCCAAGAUCCGCUUUCUAUUUGUACCCCUUCUGGGGUCUUUUUACCGUCGCUUUGAUUACACCAUUGCUUUACCUCCCAAACGCUAUUAUGGGUAUCAAAGCCAAGAAAAACUAG